AAUACCUGUGACGAUAAAUACGUCUCACCCCUAAAAUUUAUUUAUUUCUAUCCAUUUCUGUUACACCAACAUGUCAAUAAUAUUAUUUAAUGUUUAUUAAAAUAUUUAGCAUUUGUCUGAAACAAAUUAUUAUAAUAGACACUAUAUCGAAUACAUGAAUUUCACCGGUGUUACACCGGCGUAGUACUUGGUCAGAAAGAAUCUCUUUGUUUACCUUACAGGAGUCUAGCGUCUUUUUAUAAUCAGUCAAUGAAGUGAUGGAUGAUGAAGACGAUUACACUGAGGACACAUGGUCCUAUCUAACUUUAUGUAUUGAGCCGACAGUUUAUGAAGGUUUACGUUUCGCUAAGGAUUUGAUACUCGCAAAUUUUUGUUUUCGUUUUAUUUUACAAUAUAGUUCACUACCACAAUUUAGUCGACAUAGUAUAAGUUUAUUAAUAGGUAGUUUUCUAUUAUAUUUAAAUAUUGGAUCUGCAAUUACAUGGGUCAUUGGACUAACAUUUAGUGCAUAUACACUCAUUUUUACUCUUACAAAACUGCCCAACAAAAAGUAUUUAGGUGCCAUAACAUGUGUUACUAUAUUAAUAUUCUUACUAACAUGUGAAUUGUAUUUGAUUAACCCAAAAAAAUGGCAACAAAUUCGAGGAAUUCAAAUGAUUGUUUCUAUGAAAAUAAUUUCUGUCGCAAUUGAAAUGGAUAGAAAUCUUUUCAAAACAAUGUUGAACCCUAUUGAAUUUUUUGGAUAUAUUCUUUGUCCUGCCAAUUGUAUGCUUGGUCCCUGGAUCUCUUAUCAUAAUUAUGAACAAGCAUUAGGUGUAAGAUUUUUGUCAAAACGGUGGAUUAAAAUUAUUGCUUUAAACUUAUUGAUUUCUGUAAUAUUUCUUGUUUUAUCAAACUGUGUUGUUCCUUGGUAUAUUAGUGAUAAUGUUUCAAAGUGGUUAAUGGCUUAUAGGGACGCCCAGGCUUUCAGAAUGUCUCAUUACUUUAUUUCGAGCUUAUCUGUAGUAUCAAUGGUUAGUGCUGGUUUUGGCUUGUCUAACAGCUGUCACCAAGAUAUUCAAAUAACAAAUCCAUUUAAUAUUGAAAUCCCGAGAUCUUUGGUACAAGUUGUAAUUUUUUGGAAUAUACCAAUGCACCAGUGGUUAAAGAAUUAUGUGUUCAGAACAUGUCAACCACUGGGACAAUUUUUUGCAAUAUUAUUUACAUAUAUUGUGUCAUCAUUACUUCAUGGUUGCAAUUUUCAGUUAUCUGCGGUUCUGUUAAGCAUUGGAACCUUUUCUUAUGUAGAAUAUAACUUAAGAUAUAAGAUUUCAAGUGCUUUAGAAGCUUGUUGUCUAGCAAACCCAUGCAUAAAACAGUGUGAACAUAAACAUAAUAAGAAUAGUUUGCUAGCUAUAAUUGUAAAUUCAAUAUUUUCUUUUAUCACAGUUAUGCAUCUCGCUUACUUAGGAGUAAUGUUUGAAGCAUCAUUCACAGUACAAGAAUCUGGAUAUUCCUUUUCUCAUACAAUGGGCAAAUGGGAAAAUUUAAAUUUUUUUAAUCACGGAUUUACCCUAUUUAUGUAUAUAAUUUAUGUGAUGAUGUAAAAUACUGUACUGAUUAGAUCAUACAGUAGAGACUCUAAAUUCCUGAUCUCAGUUAUAUUGAUUAACCGCUAUCUAGACUACCACCAAUGAUUAAAUAAUUUGGUAUUUUUAAAUGACACUAUCUAGAUUUUCAGAUAAAGUUGGUGAUGAAUUUGUUGAGAACAUUUUGCAUUCAACCACAACAAAGUAAGAAAGUUAAGUAUACUGGACCAUGUCAUGCGGAGCAUUUUAGGGAGUAAGCUGUUUUGAAAUUGUUUGUAAAACAAUCAGAGUGUGAUACACAUAUAACAACUAAAACAAAUAUGUGAACAAAAUAAUUUGUACCAUUGAAAAUGAUAUGGGAUAGCAAAUAUUUUAUACUGAAAAUAAAAAACAGUGCACUCUAACGGUUAUUUUUAAGAUAAGUCAAUUUAUGAUAAAGUUUUUCUAUAUGGUAUUACUAAUUUAAGGUUUUAAGAUAUUUGAUCGUAUGAAAGGCUCAUAACAGCAGUUCUCUCCUGUAAAAUAUUUUAAUAUAACUAGCUCAAUCAAUGGCUUUUUUUUCGAUCUAAAUAGAAAUAAAUCCAGUCUUCUGAUGUUUGUUUCCAGUGAACUCCUAAACUAAUGAACAGAUUUUAAUGGGGAUUACUUUAUGUAGUGCAGUUUAGUCCAACCUGAGAGAUUGGAUAGUAUUUAUUUUGAUUUAGGACCAAUUAUUAUUUUUAUUUCCAAUACUUUGUACAGACAUAUUUUUUAUUUAUUUUGAGAAUUUAUUAACACACAGUUUGACAGUUCUGCUGUGACACAAUUUCAUUAUAAGAACAGGGAGAAUAUUUUAUGAAAUAAUUCUUGAUGUUCUGAAAUAUUGAUAAAGUUAUAAAAAACAGUAUUUCAUUUGUUAUGUACAGAACAACAUCUGUUGGGUCAGCUUGUGUUUUAAUAUUUACCACAUAUUAUUAUAUAGUGUAUACCAACACAGUAUUUUACAGUCCAAGUAAAGCAUUUAUACAAUAUAUACAACUAUUGUUAACAAUGUAGAAGAAAACUUCUUAUUUUUUACUCUUUGUCUGUCUGUAUGUUUCUGUUAAUCCAUGAAUAGGCUGGACUAGUACUGCCACCUGAUUGACAUGUAUUUAUAGAGCUUCUUAUAUUUCAAAAAAUGUUUUCUGUUUAGAAAAGGAUUCUGCAAAGGAAUUGAAAGAUCUGAAUUAAUGGUUAGAUUACCACAUUAAUGUAAAUGUAUUAUUAUUUUAUAGCAAGUUUACCACAAUAUAAAUCACAUAAGUUGCAUGCAGUAUUAUUUUGGAGUAAGUGUAAAUUAGUAACAAAUAUGUGCUUGUUUUAGCAAUUUUAUUUAUAUGGGCAUUUAAAAGUUUGUUAGGCACAUCAUUUAAAUAAUCAGACUUAUACAAUGGUUUCCUAAUACCUGGAGGAAAUCCUACUAAAUGAUAUCAUCAGAAAUAUGUAUUGAUGUAUGAAAAUAAUAUUGUAAACUAUUUAUUACAAGAUAACUAUUUCACAGUUACAUUUUUACAGUUAAAUGUUUUUCUACUUAACACAUUCAUAAAGUUAAUUUACUUCUCAUUGCAAUUUGAUGAAAUAAUAAUUAUACUGUCAUAGUAUUCUCAAAAUAAAUAUAAUGUAAUCAUAAGUCAGUUUAAAUGGUUUUUUGCUUAGAUAAGUAAUAGGUCUAGAUAGUCUCUUGCUGUUAGACAAAUAACAAAAACAGGCCCGGAAUAAUACUUUAAUGUGUGUGACAAGCUACAUCUUAUGCUUGCAAUUUGUAUUACAAGAACACUUUUUGUUCUUGUGUGUGAAUUGCUUAAAAUAGAGGUUAGUUCUAAACUCAAUUGUUUUGGAUGUUUUCACAACUGUCAUAGUUUAACUAGACAUAUAUAAAUGAUUAAUGUUUUUGUAGUACAUUUAAUCCCAAAUUAUAACACCAUUGCCGAUUCUGAAAGAUUUUCUUUUUACCCCAUUGAUUGAUUGAAUAUUUAUGUAAUUAUUGUUUGAAUCACUAUAAAUAAUUUGGAUUCGGUAAUUGACUUUUUCUUCUGUUUGGAUUUCACAGCAUGGUUCUAGAUUUUCAAUUGCGACCUUGUUACUGCAGAAGUAUUCUGGUCUUACAUACAAUAUCACAGUUUUAUGAUCUUUUACAACCUUUUUUAUUGUUUUGAUAAGAUUUUUUAAAUAACUGUCCAUUUUACUCACUUUAAAAUCCUGCUCGCUCCAAUAAUAUGCAGUAAGAGUAUUGAAUAUUAUAAAUGAAACAUGUGGAUGUUUUAAUAAAAUGUUCCCCAAAUUCUGGAUAGUUACUUCAAACUCUGUGUUGUUGCAUGUCUCCAAUAUGAAUAAGUUACUUAAAGAGGAUCUAAGCAUAACUUCAAGUUUUUCAUUAAUUUGAACUUCAUUUAUGUCUUCUAGACAUUUUAAGGACUUCAGUAACUUAUGCUUAAGUACUUUCGAUAAAUUUUUAAUAUCAAAAUUUCCAUCUGUUAUAAACAUAAUUAGACUGGCCCCAACCCCAUUUAAUUCUUCAGGUAUAAGUGCUUCAGACACUAAUUCAUAGAGUAAACAAUUAGCACUGUUUUCGCUAAAUAAUUCAAUAAUACUGCCAGGCUUGAGUCCACAAUCAAAUAUUGCUGGAUAAUAAUUUUCAAUACCAGGUUUUUUACAGAGUCUAGCUAGUAACUGUAAUCCCGAUUCAAGUUUAAAUUUGAGCGCCAUUUUCAAACAAUUUAGUACCAAAUAAUAAUAGUCUACCAAUCAAAUGUAUAUAAAAAGUAGGUACUUAGGAGGUAAAGAGAAAAGAAUUCAACUCAAGUCAGCCUGGCGCAACUAAUAAACUCGAAUAGGUAUGGUAUUGCGCUAAAAAUAAUGGCGGCAAACGCUGUCUCGCUCUAACAUAUAUUCCACUCUCUUUUGUUUGUUUUGGUUUGAGUGUCAUGUGACAUCUCAUUCAUUCAAAUUAAAAGUGACUGCUAACAAUAAUUUUUGUUACGAAUUUUCGUUUUCUUUUACUUUAUUCGUGUAUUAUUCAGGGUAAUGUGCUUAAUUAUUUAUAUACUAAAUGCGUAAGACUUUCUAAGCUAUACAAUGUAAUAAUAAAUGUGUAAAAUAUGUGGUAAAAAGUACGUUAAUAAUCAGCGAAUAUAUCCCUCGUGUUUCGAGACCUUACACCAGGUCGAAUUGUAGUCUUACUACAUCUAGAGCUGUUUCGAACAAUGUGUCUUCGUAUCUGUAUCCAUCUCUUAACCUGACGUAAUUGUGAAGAACACAACAAGCUUUAAUAAUGUUUUGCGCAAAUUCAAUAUGUACAUUGAGUGGUUCACAAACCACUCAAUGUACAUAUUGAAUAUAUAUAUAUAUAUAUAUUCGCCAUUUUUCUACCAGAAUUCCAAAACAACACUCAAUAUAACGUCUUGCUCUAGAGAGGCGGUAAUUAAAUAUUCGUUUUUCUUUGGUUAAAUUCUUGCCGCAAUAUGGUCGCAUAAUAUUUUCUGAUAAGUUUAAUGCCUCAUCUCCAACUAUAACAUGAGGUAAACGUGUUGUACGAAUUUCUGAUACUGGUUUUGGUCCCGGAAUGUUUAAAGAUUUUUCGAAAAAUUAUUGUUAAAUUGUUAAUUUCAGGUAAUACUCUUCAAAAAAAUUGGAAAGGCCUUCGCUACACAUUAGUUCGUGGAAUGAAAAAAACAAAGAAUGCACCAUCAGGCUCUGGAGCUUCGAAGAUUUGAUAUUUAUAUUUUCAACGUCUUAUGUUCCUCGAAAGGUCAGUACGUAAUAAAAAAACAGAAAGCAAUAUUCAAGACACCUCUGAAAACUCAGAGACAGGUAACGAGUGUAGACUCGGUAGCAGAUGCAAGUGAAGACAUAAUGAGGCCGCCGAAUCAAAAUAUUAAAAGAAAGAAAAUGACUGCCGCUGAUGCUGAAUUCCUGAACAUAAUUAAAAACAACUGGUUUCCAGCUUAACGGAAGGGGAUGAUGACAAACUUUUCUGUUUAUCUUUACACAAAGAAUUACUUAAGGUACCUGAGGCCAAUCGUAUAGUAGUAAAAUUUGAAUAAAAGAAAAUUUUGCAAGCGGCUCUACAAUCUUUGCAAUCAACUGUGUAUUCAAACAAUUCGUAUUCGUACUUUUCUAACAGUUCGGCUCCAUCUUCAACUUCAAUUCAGGUUCGACCUGGAUACCAUGCACAUCCUUCAAGACCAAAUGAAUUUACUUUUCAAGAAUAUGACCCAGAAACGCCAUCCAUAACAGCAUGGCAAGGCCGAAAUUCUAUUUCAGUGCCAAGAUCUUCACAGGCAGCAUUAUAUGUAAAUUCUCUAUCAACAUCAUCAAGAGAUUCUCAGGAUAGUGAAUGUCUUGACCUCUUCCAAAACCAUGACAUUGUUUAAUUAUUAUAUUUAAUCUGAUACUACAUUUAAUUCGUUUUGAUUAGUAAACUUGAUUUUGUAUCCUAAAAGACUGUAUUAGUAUUAUAAGAGAUUAUGAAUAAAACAAUACUUACCUUAAAGUUA